ACUAUGCACAUGCAGAGAAAUCCCACAACGUGAGGGGUAGAGCGCACCGGAGGGACUAGCCAGUUGUUUUCCAGCUGUCUGUUCACUGUUUACACCCGCUUUUAUUCAUAUCCAUGCACCACCUGACAUUUGAGAGCGGCACGUAGUUUUUGUUGCACAGGCUCUGUAAUUCACCAAGUGUCGGGACUUUAAGCGAGCGAUGUCUGAGGAGGAGGGCCGGGCGGCAAUAACAACACGGCGGUCUGCUGCUGUCCCAUUAGCAUCGCUACGUCCUCCGGUCCAUGCUAUUUAACCCUGCCGGGCGACUACACCCGUCCACGACUCUAGUCCGGCCCCGUCCUUUCCCGAGGCCCGCCGUGAUGGCCGAGGAGGACCCCCAGCAGCAGCAGCACCAGCAGCAGCAGCAACAGCAGCAGCAGCCGCCGCAGCAGGCGGACCGCGGGGCGGGGAGCCUGCCCGGCCUGCUCCCCGGGCUGCAGGGCGCUGAGGCCAGUGCCCUGCAGUUCAGGAUCAAGAACUCCAUCUGCAAAUCUGUUCAAUCAAAAGUGGAAAACAUUCUGCAAGAUGUCGAGAAGUUCUCAGACAUUGAAAAACUCUACCUCUACCUAAAGUUGCCUUCUGGCCCCAGCAGUAGCACUGACAAAAGUGACCAGAGCGCCCUGUCGUCAAGCCGCACACAGCAGACGCAUGCGUUCAGCUGGAUCCGCAAUCAUUUAGAGGAAUACCCAGAGACCUCUCUUCCCAAACAGGAGGUCUAUGAUGAAUACAAGAGCUUUUGCGACAAUCUUAAUUACCACCCACUGAGUGCCGCAGACUUUGGAAAAAUGAUGAAAAAUGUCUUCCCGAACAUGAAGGCGCGGCGACUUGGCAUGAGAGGAAAAUCAAAAUAUUGCUACAGUGGACUAAGGAAAAGACCCUUUGUUCACUUGCCGUCAUUACCCACUCUGGAUCUCCAUAAAACAGGGGAAGGACUCCAGUGUGAUGUCCUAGAGUCGCCGGGCCACCUGAGCAGCAUAAAGGAGGAGGUGCGAUUUGCGGCCUGUGAUCUGGUGUGUGAGUGGGCCCAAAAGGUGCUGAAACGCCAGUUUGACGCUGUGGAAGAUUUGGCUCGCUUCCUAAUCGACAGCCAUUACAUCAGCAACAAGUCUCUGGCAGCUCUCACCAUUGUGACUGGCACAGCCACAGAGGUUAAGACCCCACAGUCCGUCUCAGCAUUCAUCCCCACUGCUGAGGUUCACUCCUUCCAGCCUCACGCCACAACCCUGUCGUCACCUUGUGUUGAUGCGAAGCAGCAGCUCCAGAGGAAGAUCCAGAGAAAGCAGCAACAACAAGAACAGAAGCUGCACUCUCCUUUAUCUAGAGAGGGACAAGCCAAGAGGGCAGACGACGGCGGGCCCUGUGGUAGCCCCACCCCUCCGUCACCUCAGCCAACCAUAGGCAUCGUGGUCGCGGCUGUCCCGAGCCCCGUCACGGUACAGAGGUGCAGGCAGCUGAUGUCCCCCAGUCCAGUGGGAACAGCGGAGAGCAAAGUGCUGCCUAUUAACUUCCAAAUGGUGACGCAGCCGGUGAAGCAGACCCCCAAAAUCCCGCAAAAUAUUCUGGCCAGUCCGGUGGGCGAACGCGCUGCUCGGCAGCGCUAUGCUCAAAUCCUACCCAAACCUCUGGCCACGACUGCUAUCGCUUUGCCAUCGCCCUCCACCAUGAUCAUCGCCAACAGCCCCAUUAAGACUGUGAUGACUACAUGUCAUGUCAGCCCGGUCAGUUUGGUCAAGAUGACAGCCAUAUCGCUGGCACCCAGCAGCAGCAGCAGCAAUACCACCGCAUCCCUUACAAACACAACCCUGCGGCCGGCAUCUGCAGGUAUCAGCAGCACUGCAGUUGCAGAGGACGUCAGCUCCAAUCAAACCACGAGGAGUGCCUCUGCAGUCCCCAUUCUGGCCCCGGUGGCCAGGCCGGGGCAGACUACUGGCACUCAUGGCUUCGAUGUUGAAAUGGAAGUUGAAGCUAUACAUAAAAGCAGCCAAACACAAAAUCCGAGCAGUCUUAUUCUGACUCAAGGAACAAUGGCAAAUAGAACCGGAGGGGCUGUACAGAGGGCAGCCAGUGUGCCCAUACCUCAGACUACAGGCUUCCUGGGUCUGGAGGAAACGUCUUUCACUAAACGCAAUGGAAAGUCCUCCUCAAGCACUAACCCUGCGGCAGCAGUCGAAAGCAGCAAUACUAGCACUAAUAAUACAAGCACUUUGCACUUAACUCCCUCCAUUCAGAAUACCAGCGCUGUUUCUUCACUGAACACCAGCAGAGCACCUUCAUUUGGGGAAAGCAGCAGUGUAACAUCAACAAAGGAAGGUUUCUUGUCCACUAAGAGCCUCAGGAAACGCUCGGGCCUCAGCCCAGAGCUUUCGCCAGUCAAAAGGGUUUUUAUGCCCCAGCAGCCAGUAGGGGGUGCUGCUGGUCUUGGAUAUGGCAUCAGAAACACUCUCUGUUAUGUCUCCAGGCCAGGAGCUCCAGCUAGACCUGAAAGUGCACCAGCCACCAGGGACAUGGAGGUGAAAAUGAACUCUGUCCUGUCCACUCAAGUCCACGCUUCCUCAUUCAGAGCCAGUGGCUUUUACUCUGUUGCCAAAACACGGAGCUCAAUGCAGAGGAAAAACACUCCCACUGUUAUGGAAACUAGCACCUCAGUCAGUCACGCAUUAAUACAGCAACAGCAGGGGCACACGAUGGCUAACGCGUAUGUCAUUCCUAAUAACCCCGGCCUCCAGAAGCAUUCAGGUUUGAGUGAUGUUAGGAGUUCAAACUCAACCACAGCAAGCCUGGAAGGAGCUCAACAACAGACCUACACUCAGUCCCACCCUGCUACUGAACCCUUAGAGUUUUUGAGUCAAGCUUCAUCAUCUAGUCAGCUCCCUAUGCAGACAGAUAUGGACUACUUUCCCUUUGAUGAUGAUGUAACUCAGGACAGCAUUGUGGAGGAGCUGGUGCAGAUGGAGGAGCAGAUGAAACUCAACAACCUGCAGGAGUUUGGAGACUGUGUCGCAUUGCAAAGCCAACAGGCUGUGGUGCCGGACAACAUGAUGUCCACUAAUCAGACAAUGACUGCUUUCUAUCACGCUGCAAACAACAGCAGCAACCCAAUCCAAACUCCAACGCCGACACCCACUCCCACACCGACGUCAGAGGUGUUGGGAGGAGCCCAAGGCCUCACCGGAGAGAGCCCCUGCUCCCGCAUCACCUCCACCACCCCGGUGGACAGCGCACUGGGAAGCAGUCGUCACACCCCAGUUGGUACUCCACACUCCAGCUGCAGCAGCACUGUGCCUCCCAGUCCAGUGGAGUGCAGGAACCCGUUUGCAUUCACACCCAUCAACUCCAGCAUCACCGGGUUCCAUGACGGCAGCACCGUCUCCAGCAGCCCUGUCAAGCCCAUGCAGAGGCCGAUGGCGACCCACCCAGACAAGACCAGGCUAGAGUGGAUGAACAACAGUUACAACAGCAACAGUGGGAUCUUAAACAAGUCAAACAGUGGAGUGGGAAUCCUGCCCAGCUAUCAAGGGCUUAUAGAUGACCAUUUUCAAAAACCGCACGCCUUCGCCGUCCCUCAUGCGCGGCACAACGACAGCAGUUUUGGCCGCCUGACUCCCAUCUCGCCUGUGCAGCAGCAGAUAGCUAGCAUGACAAACAUGGCUAAGCAGGAGGGUUUUGCUGUGCCUGCCCCUCUGGAUAAUAAAACCACCAACGUACCUGCUACAAAUUUUCGAUGUCGCAGCGUAAGCCCCGCAGUGCAUCAGAGGAAUUUUAGUGGAAACACAGGAAACAGUGCCCUUCCCAAUAUCCUUCGUUCAGUGGUGUCUCCCUUUAACUCUCCCGUGACGCCUGAGGUGUUGAACAUCUUUGCAAGCAGCCAGACAAAUCUUGGGGUGAGCAGCAUGGCCCAGCGGAGCCGCUCUGUACCGCUCAACAUCAUGAUGCAGACUGAGGUCCUGCCCACACCGGGCCCACACUGCAACAGCAAAAACAUCACCAGUGUCCUCCUGAGCAAGCUGGACGGGGACCAUGAUGAUGCUUUCCGGGGUCUGGGCAUCAAUAAUGUACCCUCUAGCUACACUGCACGUAUGAACCUCACCCAGAUCCUCGAGUCUGACCCCAACCUCUCCUGCACUGACAACCACCUCAGCCUGAUGACCUCCAACUCCACCAGCACGUGCAAGUUGCAGAGGCCAGAUUACCUCAUAGAAAAUGCUAUUAAUGAACAGAUGAUUCUCUCUGCAAGUAACAAUCAAGUACAAUCAGCCUCUGGAGAGCAUCAGCAGGCCCAUUCUAUGUUGUUAAGUUUGAACCCGCAGCAGCAGCAAGAAGAACUACAGCAGCAUCAGCAGCUGGAUUUCAGCAGCACUGUCAAAGACCUCCUGACAGAUAACAGCCUUGCUGCUGGCAGUCAGCUCAUCGAACAGGUGUCGGAGCUGGCUACAGGCGGAGCAGAUUUCCCUUGUGAAAUCAGAAUGACAUCAGAGCUCUCCAGUAGCAUCAAUGACCUUAACGCAUUGGACACAAACCUUCUGUUCGACCCCAACCAGCAGCAAGGGCAGUAUCAAAAUGCUGCUCCUGAGGAGUUGGUGAAUGAUCCGCUGUUUCAGCAAAUUACCAGCGAGACGGCACAUUCAAGUGGACUCGACUGGUUAGAAAGCAAAGAUCAUCCAACUGUCGGGUUGAUGGGCUGAGAAUGUCGAUCAUGUUAAUCUGUGGUCGCUGUUUGUUUUAUUUAUUUUUAGGCAUUUACACUUUAUAAUGCAACGCUGGACAAACUGAGGUUUGUCCGUUUCAAGUGCCAGGCUGAACUGCAAUGAUGCUGCCACACUCUGAUUACAUGCUGGUCGUUUCUCUUUAAUCAGAAAACAUCACCUCACAGUGUUUGAUCAAGUGCAUUUCCAACAGGUAAACUGAGGUUACUGAAAAAAAAAAAGAAACCUAAUCCAAAACCUGUUUUAUUAUGUUGUGUUCGAGAUUUCACUGAAAAGUCAGUGAUUUAAAAAGGAAAAAAAAAACAUUACAGAGCCAUGAAUUUUUUAGUCUAAAAAAAUGUGGAAAUAAAUGAAAAAGAGAUCAUCAUUA